UCUUCAGCACGGGGGCUUCCUAUUGGCUGCUGCGUCACCCGCCAGCAGUUUCAAAACAGCGCCAUCGUCAAAUUGCGCUCGAAAGACUACACCCGGUUUUUAAAAGGUAUUCCACGGUCAGGACUGAAUCCUAUACAAAUCAAUCGACGUGUGACGUUCGUAUACUCCUAUUAGAUCCCAGAGGUAGCCGCCGCGUCCUUUGAUCAUGAGCUUGCCAGUCAACCUGCGGGAUCUCCCCGCCGGUGUCUUCCAACAAGUCUUCUCCCCCGAGAAUGUGAGCGUAAGGCCUGCAGGAAAGCCCCUGACGUCCCUGAGCUUCCCCAAAACCAGAUCUGCUCUGUGGGAUGAGAGUCCUGUAGGAGAAAAGCUCCGCCUCCAGCUGUGCUCUCCCAGGAUGCCUCGGCUCCUCCUGCGGGAGAAAGCUCUUCGUCUGGCGCAGCGUCACGCCCGCCGCUGCAAAAAGUCGCAUUUUCCGUUCUUCUUCCUGGGCUCCGUCUCCGUGGAUGCAGAUGAGGAGGGUGUGACUGUCAAUCUGGACCGGUUUGAUCCAGGUCGAGACCAACCGGGAACAACAGAUCGCGUUCCCACUGUUUUGGUACCGGGAGAUGUCCUGGUUCCGUGUGUAAUCUCCUCUGAGAAGACAUGUGACGGCAUCAUCCAAUCCGAGGCCGAGCUGUAUUCCUCCUCCUCUGACUUGCAGCGCUACGUCAGCGGCCGACAGACCCUCAAUCUGUCUCAGCUCAUAAAGGUCAAGGGUCGUAUCAGCUGCCAAAUGCAGGCCGACGCUGCGCUCUUCGAUCUCAGCUGGUCGUAUGUCUGCCCGUCCACCUGCCUGGACGUCCAGCCGGUCCGAGCCAUCCCCAUCAUUCCCACGGCGCUACACAGGAGUCUGACCAGCCUGGGCCGGCCGCCGCCCACCACCAACCACCAGCGAGGGUUUCUGACCAUGGAUAAGACCAGGAAGCUGGUUUUGGUGCUGGAAUCCGACCCCAAAGCCUCCAAGCUGCCGCUGGUCGGGCUCUGGAUGAGUGCCGUCAUCCACGUGGGCAAUCCUCAGGUGUGGGCCUGGUGUCUGCGGUUCCUCUUUAGCUCCGCCCUCCAGGACAGGGUACUGUCAGAAAAUGGCUCUUUCCUGCUCGUCAUCUUUGGCUCCACCCACAGAGCCCCUCAGUUCUUCCAGUGUCGAGGCUCUGAUUCUGGUUCUGACAGUGGCCAAAUGGACUGCCGGUUGUUAAGCGCCACCGAAGCCAUCACGCUCUACAAGGAGGUGGCGCCGGCAGACCAGCAGAAUUUGCACUUUGAUUUGAGUCCGGAACGCAACUUGAGGCCGAUCCAAGCGCCCCGACAUGCUCAGGGCUCCUUCAGCAGUAGAGCUCCACCCCCUGCCGUCCUGUCCAUCAGUAACCACGACUCGGGAGUGGAGGACAAUGACGUCUCACCGAGACCUUCGCUAGGGCCGCACUUUCCCGCUCAACAGACUCUACACGUUCAACCGUCUGUUCCAGAACUUUCCCUGCUGAUUGACAACAGUUUCAUCUCCAAUCACAACCUGCAGCAGGACACUGACUUGUCGCCCCACAGCCAGCCUCCUCCUUCAGAAAACGCCCCCUCUUCUGCUCCUCCCGCCCAGCUCCACAGCACCCCCAUCGCUGACAUCCCGCGGCCAUGCACCUGUUGCUCCGUACAUGCACACGAAUGCACGCCGGUGGUCCCAUCUGUGUUCCACGGCUCUACCCAAACGUCUGCCCCUUCCAGUCUUCACCCUGCUCCUUCUCCUCUGCCGGACUCCGCCUCCCCCGACACAUGCCCAGUUUCCUGUUCCGACGUCCUUCCUGUUCCAGUCCCGGAGAAGGAGGACUCUCCCUUCCCUAACCCUGCUUCUCCCACAUUACUCGGCUGCCAAUGCAAGAAAGGACCACAGGCGGAGGGGAUUUCACUUGACUUUUAUGUGCAGCAGCUCUACAUCCUGCAAGCUCAGGUCAAAACGCUUUUGGAGAAUCUGGGCGACCCACCGGCCCCCAAGACCAUGACCAGUAUUGCCGUGGAAACGGGCGCCAGUCUCUAUUGGGGGGAUCAAACCCCUCCCACUCCGGUAAGCGAACCCCACGCUCCGUCCUCCCCUUCUCCAGCACCACAUGACUAUGUCAUCAGGUCCAUGGGCGGAGCCGAGGAACGUUAUAUCGCUCGCCAAGAGGCUGUUCGCCCGGCUGCUAUCAAUCCCAGGAAGAGGACGGAGGUCCACGGGGACGUGCAGCAGCGAGAUUCGAACGGUCCGAUUCUGCGAGACAUCGCCAGCAACAGCAUGUUUGGGUCCGAGGUGGCAGGCAUCCUCGAGGAACCCGCUCUCGACCGUGAGCAGCACAGCUGGCUGCUGAAAGAAGACAACCUGCCCGUGAUGCACCAGAUGUUCUCCCCAAACUCAGUCAUGCUGGACAACAACAUGUCCGUGGACACCCUGAAUUUCAUAACCAAAGUCCAGAGAGAAGACUUCUGCGAAUUUCCGCCACGCCGGCGACAGACCGAAAGAGGCAGAGCGCAGCCCCCCACGCAGAGUCAGCUGUUCAGGGAGGUGCGAUCCAAGAUGAAGCUUCUGGCCGGCAACAUCCUCGAGGACAAGGAGAACACGGCUGCUGGCACGCCGGUGGGGUACGUGCUGGACCAACUCACACCGCUACCCCAUUUCCUUUAAGCUCAACCUCGCGUCAUUGAAUUUUUUUUAUUGAUUGUACAUAUGGUUAAUUUGGUUUGAUUUUUGCAAAUAAAGUUCAUUUUGGUUCAUUAUUA